GGAAAUAAAAACCAAUCACUUACGGAAGAAGAAAAAUGGAAGCGGCAGUGUUCAUUCUGUCACUUGUGGACUGUUGUGCUCUUAUUUUCCUCUCGGUCUACUUUAUUAUCACCUUAUCUGAUCUAGAAUGUGACUACAUCAAUGCUAGAGCCUGCUGCUCCAAGCUAAACAAAUGGGUAAUUCCAGAGAUGGUUGGCCAGUGUCUCUCCACGAUGCUGAUGUUGGUCUCCAUGCACUGGUUUAUCUUCCUCCUCAACCUGCCUGUAGCAGCCUGGAACAUUUAUAGGUAUGUGAAGGUCCCGAUGGGAAACAUGGGCGUGUUUGACCCCACUGAGAUCCACAACAGAGGUCAGCUCAAGUCCCACAUGAAGGAGGCCAUGAUUAAACUGGGUUACCACCUGCUCUGCUUCUUCAUUUAUUUGUAUAGCAUGAUCCUUGCCCUGAUCAACGACUGAAGCACCCAGCAAGCUGCCGCAUCCAUACUCCUGGCUUUGCUGUUUCCCCCCUCACAUUCUGCUCCUGUACUAUAUGCAUAAAGUUUAUCACUGUGGUCUUACUCAGGUCCGCACUCUUAUGUGUGUCGUCAGAAUCUGAGUUUUGACUUUUAUACAAUAUUAAGGUUAAUAUUUAACCACUUCACACUUCAGUACCAUCAUGACAAAAUCUCCUACAGCAACUGCUGUGUUUCAUUCUGAAGGGGAUAAAUAAUGAGUUUUCUUAAAACCUCUAUCUGCAACAGUGAAUGAUUAUAAGAUCGGCAUAGUGGCUUUAAAAAAUACCAGACAUUGUCACAGUAACAUGAAUGAGUAGGCUUCAUAGAGCAGAGCGAAACAGAACUAGCCAGUGAAGAUGAUAUAUAUUACCAACUACACUGUCUGUCUGGAUGGAAUUCUUUUCCACCAAUGCCAAAGUAGGAAAAUAGUGCCAAUAGUGUUUUAACUCUUGCAAUGCAUGUCUUGUUGUGUCACUUUAGCCUUAUAUUGUGCAGCUAAAUAUUAUUGCUUUGCCAUUUCUCAAAAUCCCCAAGGCCUUUGGUUUCGGGCCCUCUAGAAGAUUUUUCAGCCUCUGUACAACUACAGAGGCUCAGAAAUCUUUGUAGCAGUAAGUAGUUAGUUAUAGCAGCAGCGUACACAGUGGAGCCCUAAAACUGAGGACACAGGCAGGAAAGCACUGGAGACACUGGAGUGAAUCAACAGUGACCACUUAACAACCUGAUGUCCUCCGCUGUAGCUCCAGUUUUCUGUUGUUAGCUGACUGGAGUGGAACCUGCUGUGGUCAUCUGCUGCUGUAGCUGGUUCCAUGUACUGUGAGAUGCUCCUCUGCAUAGCAGUGUUGUAAUACAUGGUUAUUUGAGUUAUUGUCACCUUCUGUCAGCUUGAUCCAGUCUGAACAGUCUCCUCUGAGCGCUCUCAUUAAUAAGUAUUCAGCCUACAGAACUGCCACUCACUGUUAACACAUUCUCUGACCUCUACACACUGUUGUGGUGAAAAUUGAGAUCAGCAAACUAAUCACAACUGAACCUCUUGACCAUAUCCGUGUGCCUUUAUGCAUUGACUUCCUGGCACAUGAUUUGUUGUUGAGAUGUUUGCAUUAAAGAUAUACUAUGCAGGAUUUUCCAUAAAACAAUAUGUAGACUCCAUUGUUUCCAGCAGAAUUACAACCUAUGUGUAGCGUUAGCUGACGACAGGUAACAGUUUGUGGAGGUCUGAUUCAUCGGGGGGGGGGGGGGGGCAAAUCGAUCAGUCGAUCCGAUCAGAUCGAUGCAUGAGAGGAGCAGCUGUUUGUGAGUGAAAGCUAAAGUUAGACCCAGAGCAAUGAACAGUUCAGUUGCCUUUGAAUUAGCUUAACGUUCUGCUGCUCCGUCUGUGACCAGACUAUGCUCUGAGUAAGCAAAGGAUAUAUAUAUUCCAACAGCACUCCUAAUGAACAGUUCAGCUCCAAAAAUAAGAAAUCAAUAUGUGGGAGCAGAUGCUUUAAUCGUGGUGGGCAGACACUAAUAAAUGAAAAUGUUGGAAACCGUGGACUCACGAAAAAAUCCUCUCAAUCAUCACUUCUGACCCACUAGAAGUGUUUAGAGGUAUAUUUAUCUGCAGAGACGUUUGCCACCUUCUUAUUUUCUUUUUCCGGGAUGUUUAUUGGUCUGUACCCCCACAACACUCAGGUGAGGUCAGGGCUUUACAAAAAUGUAGUGACCAGGUGCCAGGCUGAAAGCAGCAGGUAUCCAAGAGACACAGAGACAAAACAACAACAACACAAAUAUAGUGAGGCAAACCACAAACAAGAGGGCAUCUGGGAUUGACUUUUAGUGUCACUUUUGCUGGUGAGUGUGUUUACAAAAAGUAACCAACAAUCCUGCAUAGCAUACCUCCAACGCCUGCGUGCCUAAUAAAGUGGCCACUGAGUGUACAUUCUGAUUAUUUUGUGUUGUGGCAGAGUACUAAGCUCAGCUGCUGGCCUUUUACUAAAGAUGACAUUAAGCAGCUGUGCAUCACUUCCUGCUCAGAACUUCAGAAUUCAGUGAUGUGUAACUUAGCUCUGAGAUCACAUGCAGCUCCAUAUUUGGCUCCUUCCAGCAGUGUAUGUACCUGCUGGAUGGACAGUUUGAGACAUGGUGGGGUGUUGUUUUAGGUGUGUGAUUGAGCUUUUUAUUGGCAGAAGCAGACUCGCACCAUUUCUUGAUCUGCAGUCUGCUGUCACCUGUAGUUUUGCUAAGUGUCUGGCACCAUUACUCCAAAGUUCCAGGUUCCUGACUGUUCAGCUGACUCAGAAUGUUGAACUGGGGGACAGUUAGAGCAUUCUGAUUGGCCGUUUAAUCAUCAGGUUUCCCUUUUUUCCCCCACUUGUGCCAUUUCUUGUUUCUAUCCUCAGUAAAUACUUUAGUGCCAUUUGGUGAAAGUGAUGUGUACAAGAUGUUCCCUCUCAUACAGACACAGUAAAGACAGAUAGGUGGCAGAUCAAGUGAAAUCCAACAUCAACAACAAAGUGAUUUACAGUAAAAAUGAUUAAAAAAACCUAAAAGUGAAAACAAGAUAAAAUAAAUGAAACUUAUACAGCUGCAAGAAGCUAUUCCAGCCAACACAGACUGUUAGAAGUCAAAAGCUUUUGAUGUGGAAUGUUCCAAUCCAAUGUGGUGAAAACUUUAAAAAGGCAGUGAAAUCUCCCUUUUUUUUUUUUUUUUUUUGCAAAUAGAAUAAAGGUUUCAGAGGUCAGUAAUAUAAAAAUGCAACAGUAAAAUGAUACUGCAUGAUGUCCACUGAGAGAUUGUACUGUAGUAUGAAAAAGCAAUAAGACUAUGAAUUAGUUUAACAUGGCUAAUUUUGUGCCAGGCUAGCGCACAUGUUGGGAACUAGUGGUGCACCCCAUUAAGCGAUUUUAAAAUAAUUUUACAACAUGUGGUUCAUCAUUAUUAUUUAACAUAUCCUGCAAAUUUUGUAAUAAUUGUACAAACUAUUUCUGAUUGACAGUCUGAUUUGUGUUAUGCCAUGCCAGUUUUUUCCACUUGUAGUGCCCCCUAGUGGUCGAUUGGAAUGAGACUGUCAUGGUAUGUUUCAGGUACUUAUUUUAAAGAUUGAUCCAAUGGUUGUGGGGUUUGGUUAAUUAAUGAGCUGAGCCAUGCCCCUCCUUAAGAUCAUUGGUCAGAUAUAUCAACAAGCUUUUGAUAAGCUUGUUCCAGUAAUGAUCCACAGAACAUUUUGAGCAUUCAGACCUGGUUUGGAGGACAUGUCAAACGUGUUUUUCAAAAAAAUUAAAAAUGGCAAAAGUCAUUGGACUUAUGGCACUGGGGGUGUGACCUUUCCAAAAGAAAGCCUAUUUUUUUGGCUUUGCCUUUAUUGGAAAGGACAAGUUAAACAUGAAUGGAGGAGAGAAAAGGGAUGACAUGCAGCAAAGGGCCGUGAGCUGGGAUCAAGCCUGUGGGCGUUGCGGCAACAACAUUACCUUUUAUACAUGGAACACCCACCCUACCUACUGAGCCACUGGGCGCCCCCAAAAUGUAAUUUUUGGGCCUUAUUUACAGCACUCCCAUCAGGCUAAUUAGGGUCAUACUUGUUGGGCAGCAUUUCCACACAACUUCCAAUCACUGGUGAAAAUUUUGAUGUGUUUACAAUGUACCAUCACAUGGGACUUUGUGAAAACAUUUCUGAAGAAGAGUAAGUAUAACAAUAAACCACCACAAAACAAUAAUUACAACAAAUAGCAUCAUUUAAGACAAAGCCAGAGGAUAAAAGUGAGUUUUAAGAAGAACUUUAAAAGAGGACACCUCAUUAGUAAGUGUAAAGUGUAUUAGACAGUGCUGUCCACCUUGUACCUCCAAACAUGCUGCUCCAGACUCUCCCAUAGGUGUUCAGUUCUGCUGACUGUGAAAGACAUACCCAUUGAUUCCCAUCAUUUUCAUCCUUUGUCUUUGUCACCUAUCUAUCUGUGCACAUUUACAGCCACCUGCUGUUGGAUGUAGUCUCUGUGCUGAUAUUAUGUGUUCUGGCUUACUUGCUCUCCCAUGCUGUUGUUGCUCCUUCAUUUUUCUGAGCUCCCCUAAUUAACAUCAUAUUUGGUCAAAGUAUCAAAAGUUUUCAAAAUGAGAAGUUGAAAUCAGAGGUUUGUGAUGGUAUUGAAGUGUAAUGAAAACUCUGUUAUUGUGCACCACUGAUCAUCAGAUGGUGGAUCACUGAGCCUGUUCUGAGACACUUUAUGCAUACAGUACCUGCCAAACUUCCAGUAUCACACUCCAUCCCUGAUCACCAACCACAACUCAGCCUCCACACACACACCAACUUAAAUACAGUCAUAUCUGCGUGAAUAUGUGUGUGUAUUCAUCAAACACAUCACUAAAUGUGACAGUGAGGUGCAGUCUGUGGGGCUGCACAGUGAGGAAAUGACAAUCACUAAUCCACACACACAUCAGUCCUGUGUCUGUGCUAGAAGGGUGUAGCCUCACAGAGCUGGAUGUUGUCUGACCUUGGGGGGGGGGGGGCACAAAGUUGAUGAAACACGCCUCCGUCUAAAAAGAGAUUAUUUAUCUGAGUAAUUGCUGUAUUAUUACUGUAUGAGUGGCAGUUUCAAUUUGAACAAAUGGAUUUGACCUAUCAUGCACUGAUGAUGUGUUUACUGAACAACCUUUGCAUUGAGCAUACACUGUAUGUUAAAGUCUAUCAUUCCCUGUUUGAAAAAAGCCUGGAUCAGCAGGUGUCUCAGCUUUCCCCUGGGGCGACAGAUGUGUGCAUGCAUUCCUCUUUAUUUGGUAAAGUGCAUAGACAGCAAUCAUAACUGUUCAGUACAUUCAUACCUGUCUGUAUUAUGAAGGGCCUCUUGUGUUAGCCACAUGUGCAGGUAUUCUGGAGCCAUUUCUCUCUUCACUUGGGGUGAAAAGAGCACUGAGCAAGUUCAUAUCUCAUUCACAGUGAACUGUCUAAUGCAGUGUCUGUUUUGGGGGAAAUGUGGUGUUUCAUAAAUAAAAAUUUAAGACAA